AUGAUUCCACUGUCAAAGGUGGAAGUUAUUGGAGACUCCAGGGACAGAAAAGAAUCUUUCCCUCUCUUUUCUUCUCCAUAUCUUUCUCUCUCAGUCUCUGUCGUUCUCUCAGUCUCUCUCUCUCUGCGUUCUCACUUCAUCUCUCUCUCUCUCUCUCCCUCUAUCUAUCUCUCUCUCUCUGUCACUCUCUUAUUUGAUCACGAUUUCUAUCUAUCUAUACUCUCUCUCUCUCUCUCUCUCUCUCACUAUCUAUCCCUCUCUAUUACUCCCUAUAUAUUUCUCUCCCUCUCUCUCCCUCUCUCUCUCACUAACUCUCUAUCUCUCUCCCUAACUUUCUGUCUCUCUCUCCCUCUAUCUUUCUCUCACUCUUUCUCACUCACUCUCAAUCUCUCUCCCUCAUUUUCUGACUCCCUCUCACUCUAUCUCUUUCAUAUUCUCUCUCACUCACUCUCUAUCUCUCUGCCUCACUUUCUCACUAUCGCUCUCACUUUCUGUUUCUCUCUUCAUCAACCUCUCCAUAUUACACGCACUCACUUACACACUGUUCCCAAGUAA